AUGAUACAACCCAUUCAUUCCCAUCUAUGCGUUUUCAACCCAAAGCAAAGAGGAGCAUUGAACAUUUCAGACUAUGGAGACCCUACAUGUUUCAAAUUUGCAGGUCCGUGUGGUAACUUACCUCCUGGACCAGUGCAAGCCUCCUAUAUUAGAGGUCGAAGUUAUGCGAUUGAUUUGCAACAAAAUUUGAAUCACUACUCGAUUGGUCAUCCCGGUUUUAUUGAUGUGAGUAUUGGAGUUGGAGAGAACCCAACCCCUGAGCAAUUUCAAGUGUUGAGUCUCAUCACUGAUUAUUAUCCAGUUCGGCAAUGGACUAGCACCAAUUUUUCCAUUCCAUUCACUUUGGAUGCACAGGGAAGUGUCGGAAGACAUGUCAUUCGAGUGAGAUAUCAUCCAAACAAGCCAACCGAACCAGUGUUCCAUCAAUGUAUCGAUGUAAUGGUGAGUGGUGGUAGUGAGAGCAAUGAUAAUAGUAGCAUCAAAAAGAUCAAUAUUGUUCCCGCAGCAACAACAGCAACAACACAUGAAGAGAAAGUCAAGGUCGAAUUCAGUGAAAUUGCUCAAAGAUUCUUUUUCGGAACUGGGAACAAGGCAACAACAAAACCAGCAGUUUCCAGUGAAAUGCUUUUUGCAUUGGUUGCUUCAAGCUCCAAAACGAAUCCUAUUGGUCUGAAUUUGGUGGGUAUUGAUAUUGUGAGCGGUCAGGUCGUUCCUGUCUUGUCUUUGCCAAAUCUAGUUGCCACCGACCAACAAGUGUUCCAAGCGUCUUUAUCUGGACCAAAGAUGGCUGGCAGAAUUGUGAAUUCUGUCUCUGCUGUUGAUAAUCAAAAGAGAAGAAUUUUCUACUUGAUGAAUACUGACACAUCAUUGAGCGACAUUGAGAAUUUGAACUCACCUGCAGAUGCAGUAUUUGUGUACGAACAUACCACCAAUUCGUACUCUAUUCUCAAGAUUAACGUGAGAAAUAUUCCAUUCAAUGCGACAAGUACUAUUGAUACCUUGUAUAUUUCUGGCUUGAAUUAUGUGAACAAGACUAAUAGCUUACUCGCUACUGCCUUCAUUGUUCCAGACUCCACUCGACCAAGAGACAUGUACUUGGCUCUUUUCAAUAUUCCUCUUGAUUCGAGUUCGUCGUCAUUGUUGCAACCAAAACUUGUUGCAAAGAGUGCUCAACCACAAGGUGCCUAUGUAGAUUUCUUAUGGGCUAUCUAUGAUGACUCCUCCCAAACAGCCUCCAUUUUGAUUCGUCACGAAGAUGAACCACUCACACUAUUGCAAAGAAUUUACUCUGUGACAUUGAAUCAAAUUUCAAAUACUGUUGCAGCUCUUCCUUUCAUUCAAGUGGAUCCUUCUCAAUAUGCCUAUUCCUCCAUUCAUAGUUACAAGAGUCAAUUAUUCGCAUUCUCCCCUGGUAGUGCUCAAAACAGUUUGCCAGUUUCAGCCUCAAACACUUGGAAUUUAAUUGGAAUUGAUUCAAAGAGUGGGCAACAAAGCUUGAUCAAUGAAAUGUAUGACUACAGAAAUUAUUUGGGCGGUGGUGUUGUGAGUGCCGUCUCCAAUACUGGACGAGGAAUUUACAAUGUCAUGCAGUCUACUGAUGGCAAGAGUCAAAUCAUUGUCCGAGUAGCGCUUCAUGCCAUUCCUAUCAAUCCAAUUACUGAGGUGGCUAAUGUGCCAAUGACCACUCGAAUUUAUAACUGGGUGAGAAUGGACACUAAUUAA